GAACACACUAGCGCUACAUACAGGCUACAGCACUACAUUUUCAACCUCAAGUCAAACUUCGAAGCCGAAUAGUUUCACCUCUUUUGUCACAUACCGAGAGCGUUAGAUCAUAAACCAUGUCGCUUGUCCAAUCAAGGGAGAAGAGAGCCAAUGCCGGCAGCAAGAUGCACAGACUCCUGGCAGAAGAACAGGAAGAUGAAUUCUACACAACUACUUAUGGAGGAUUCCAGGAUGAAUCUGGUGAUGACGAGUAUUCCAGUGAGGAGAGUGAUGCGGACUCCUCAUCAGAUAGUGAUAUCGAUGCUCCAGAAGAUGAUGAACCAAUCAGUGGCAGUGAUGAUGAGGGAACAAAGAGGAAACGCAGAGUGAUGACUAAAUCCUACAAGGAACCUGCCAUCAAACCUGCCAGCAAACCUGCCUUGAAGAAAUCUCCUACAAGUCACAUCCCUAGAGAAAAGAAAGAGAAAAGUACUACUGGUACACCAAGCGUUAAAAAGCGGAAACAUAGUUCCAAGGAUGAUAGUUCAGUUCGUAAGUCCAGCAGACGUUCAACCAUACAGCGGGUGAAUGAGUUUGAGAUACGGAUCAAGGAACGUGAAACCAAGGCUCAGAUUUCCAAGCAACAGAAGACUAAGAGGAAGGUUCCAGAGAUGAGGAGACUCACUCAAGAGGAACUACUUGUGGAGGCUAAGAUCACCGAGAAGAAAAAUCUUCACUCGCUCUACCUAUUCCAGCAGCUACAAGAAGAGAAAAAGAAGACCAAGGUGUUCAAGAAGGCAUUUAUGGGACCGUUCAUUCGCUUUCAUUCCACAUCAAUGCCAGUUGAACCCAAGAUACAGGAAGUAGAUGUCAACGUAGAAAAGGUGGAACAGUCACAAUCAGGGUCAACACAUCCAGCCACAAGAGGAAAGACAAAGUCAGGUGAAAAGUGCUGUAGGAACUUCAUAAUGUACAGCGAGCCACAGAUGUUCAAGGAUAGUUUCCCUCGUGGUCGAAAGAGGGCUCCCCCUAAGCAGCUGUGCCCUAUCACGCGGUACCCUGCCCGAUAUGUUGAUCCCGUCACAGGGAUUGCCUUUGCCACGAAGCAGGCAUUCAAGAUUAUACGAGAGACAUAUGCUUCUGAGAUAGAGGCGGCCAUGUCUGGAGAGACCAAACAUAGGAAGUCUAAAGGUUCAACCAGUUCUAAAGAGGAAGGAUCAUGAAGAGACAUGAAGGUCUCAUGUUCGUAGACAUUACAUUGACAUAUUGGCUGCCGUACAGACAUUAGCAGUACAUCGUCUACCAUGUCUACCUGUGGUGGGAUACCCGAUGUACAUUACCGCAUUGUGCCAGGAGUUAAGAUUGGAUGUUUGACAGGAGUAAAGAACCAAUAGACUUCAAAGUGAUUAUCUAGAAAGACCAACAAUCAAGUUCAUAAUUGUGCUCUCUUGUAGAAUUCGUUCAACUUCGAACCCCAUACUAAUUACUGAUUUGAUUUCUUUUUUGUAAAUAAAAGGUCAUUUUUUAAAUGGAA